CCCGCACAAAUUUUCAGUACCCAAAUUUUCAAAACCCAAAUUGUGAAACCCUUAUUCAUUCCAUCUAUUGCAUUGAAGACACUCUCGCUCUCACUCUCGCACUCAUCUCUCGCUCUCGUCUCCCGAGCUCGCCUCUCGAUCUCGCACUCGUCUCUCACAUGCAAAUCUGGAACCACUGGUAUAUGUUAUCGUCUCUUGUAUGCUAUCGUCUCUGGUGGCCUCAAUUUAGUUUUCCAAGUUUCAAGAUUCGCACUUCCAAAUGCUUGAAAAAAGUUCGGAUUGGUGAACAACUAUCUUUGGUGAGCACGCAGGGCCCACCAUUGGACACAGAGGGUGCCAGUGGCUCUUCUUCCCAGAAUAUUGGGGUAGUGCCUCCUCAAAAUAGCCUUAUAUUGAUACGGCCUACUUCGGCUGCUCUUUUUGAUCCUUUUGAUGUUACUCGGAAGAUAAGCGAGAUCAUAAAGACCAAGUAUGAACGAGCCGUGACACAAUGGAGUGAUUUUACUCCCGAGGAAAAAGAAGGUUACUUUAAGGAGUUCAAGAGUAAAUUUACAUGGGACCCUGCUCAUGAUGCUGCAAUAAAGAAACUGUGGAAUAAGAAGAGUGGAGAAUUAUUUCGGGGCAUGAUGCAUAGGGCACGAGAAAACCCCACCAAAGCUGUCUGGAUCCCCACUGCAGUCCUUUCUGAACUUCAACGUAUUUGGGAUGGACCAGACUACAAGAAGAAAAGAGAACAGGGGAAGAAAAAUCGAGCAUCUGAGGAUAGUUGUUCUCACACUGGUGGCUCUAUCCCUCACACGGAGUAUCGUAAGAGAAUGAAGGUGGAACUUGGCCGGGAUCCCACCAAGGCAGAGGUAUUUGUUCGCACUCAUCGAAAAAAGAGUACGCAACAGUUAGUAGAUGGACGAGCAACAACUACAAUUGAAAAAUUUAACAAGAUGAAGGAGGAUAUUCUGACACAGCGAUCAGCCUCCUCUACUAGUGAGUCACCUCUUGAGCCGUUGGACGAGGAUCCUUUAUUCCUUACGGCGACUGGUGGGAAGAAUAAGAAAAAUCGCGUCUACGGGCUUGGAUCUGAGGCAAGCUUUUUGCCUAGUUCUUCAUCUUGCUCCAGUGGACAUUCCAGAUUGUAUACUCAGGCAGAGUUGGAGCAAGAGUUAAACGAGCGCAUGGCUCGGAUGAACUCUGAGUUAUUGGAUGAGGUCGGUGACUUACGACAGCGGAUGCAGGAUCAGGAGCGGAUGGUGCGGCAAUUAUUUUCUCAGAAGCAGAUGCGAUCCCCCAGAAACAACCCUGAUGAUGAUCGUGGUUCACAUGGACACCUUUCUGAUGAAGAUUAAAGUGUAUUUCAUAAAAAUAUUGAACCACUUAUGUAUAAUAUUAAUUUUUAUUAUAUGCUA